UCGUUGUGCUGUGCAAGCAAUACACAAAGUAAACUGCUAUGCCUGAUACACUGACACUGAAACUGCUUUAGAAUUCCAGGCCUCAUUUUCCCAGAAUUACCCUCACAACCUCCCACACACACACACACACACAUGUAUCCCAUAACCUCAACUCUCGAGUGGGCUCUGCUCCAUGCUUUUUAAUGUUAUUAACAGGUGGCUUUCUAAAAUAGAAUCAAGAAAUGCUCAUGCGUGUACUCACACACAUAGCGACGCAUGGGCAGAUACAAACACCACACUGGCGUAGAGACUCACUGAAGCCUCUCAGACGCAGCAACAGCAAUCAUGAAGUAACAAUUGACAGACAGAUCCAAACCUGGUGCCAGCAACCCUAAAAAAAGAGAGAGAGAGAAAAAAAAUCCCUGAUAUUAUUAUGCCUGGACAUGGGCGUGAUCUUUUUCUGAAGCAAACAACCUCCCAACCCCCGAUAUGAGGAGUGUGUCAUAUUCACAUCCACCCUCUUUAAACCCCUGUGUUACGUACUUUCAGUCCGUCUCAGAGAAAACCCCUCUGCAAACCGGCCUACUACACGUAUUCGACACUUUGACAGAGUAACCAGCCUGACCAGCCUAUCAUCUCAUCAUUUCCAUCUUCGAGCUCUCAAUGCCCGCAUAAAUGGCCAAUGCUUCCCAGCAUCCCUCAACCGUCAAUCAAUCCUAAAAGCCUGUAUUAUUAUUAACAUCCACAACCGCAUAUUCUGAUGAAGCCACUCUCGCCUACAUUACAAUCACAUUGGACUGAGCUAGAUUGAUCUUGCUGGAUCAAUCUAACAGCAUUAACUGCCUUUGCUUGUCUGAUUAUUUGGAUCUCAAGCAUCUAAAAAGACUUAAAUGUUCUAUCAAAAUAAGCCACUGCCUCUCGUUCACUUAUCUGGAUCUCGUAAAAAAGCAAAUCAAUCAUGUGGUCCACGUUCGUCGUGCAGGAAGAAGAGGUAAGGUCUGGGAACACCUCAGCGGGGGGCCACCAACCAUCCGGGGGACUGGACGGAUUUUUGGGAUCACGAGGCAAAGGACGCAAGCGAAGACACAGAACACAAUCCGGAUCCGGAGAUGGAAUUAGCGAAAGCCAAGAAGGCAAAAUCAAGCUUACGUUAUUCCUGGCCAUAACCGGCAUCAUGCUUACCGUCCUCGGGGUGGGAACAGAGUUUUGGGUAGAACUCGCACCAUCCAAGAGCUUCUAUAACAAUCAGACUUGUCUGGUCGCACACUAUGGCUUAUGGAAAUGCUGCACCAAGACGAUCGAGGUUUCAGAUGUGGAUCCAAAGCUGGAGGUCUGCGGGCCUUUGCAUUUACAGGGAGAAUCCAAUUGCACCUUCUUUAAGUUCUACACCACUGGAGAGAACAUUGUCCUAUUUCAGAAAACGCCAGAAAAGGAUCUGACAGUCGCAUCAGCAAUGUUUGCUAUUAUUAGUCUUUUCCUGAUGGUGAUGGGAGCGAUCUGCAUUAUCAUGGCAGUAAGCAAAGGGGUGCAGUUCUUCCUGAAGCCAGCUGCGGUUUGCUUUAUACUGUCAGGUGUCUUAAUCUUCCUCGGCCUCAUAGUUUUCCACCAGUCAGUGCUUUCAUUUUUAGCAAGUGACCAAUCCAUACCUCUCCGGCAUCAAAUGUCAUGGUCGGUGACAUGUGUGGGCUGUGCUGGAGCUCUGGUGGUUGUCGCUGGAGUCUUGUUUUUGGUACUUGCUCUUCCAUACAGUCCGUGGGAAAAGUGCUUACCUAAGAAGAACAGUGACAUCUAGUGGAGCGGAGGCUAAAGUGAACUUGUAUAACUUUACGCUGACAUUAAUGUCAUGUACAGCCCACAUAAUUAUUCCUGGGAUAUAUACAGAAGGAGGUUGGCCAGACAUUCUUGCAGAUUAUUACAUUGGAACUGUUCUGUGAUGGGAUCAUCCAGCUUAAUUACAAAAAUCUAUAUAAGCUAAAAACUACAAGAGAAUGAAAUAGUUUGAUAUCUUUUUUUUUUUUUUGGUGUAAAAUUAAUUGUGGUUUAUUUUUGGUUGAACUAUUCAUUUUAUUAGUUCAGUCAAUGAUUAUAAAUUGCAUUCGACAUUUGUCCUGUAUAAAAUAUAGCAGUUUUUUUGAAAUGGUCAAAUAAACCUUAUUUAUGUUUUAUUUCAUUACAAAUAAACCUUAUUUGGGUUAAAUAUACAUAUUAAUAAGCUGUUUGGGAAUUGAGAUCCUGUUUUAUUGAGCCUUUUCUGAAGAUUAAUUGUCGGAAGACAAUGUUAUAAUGUCUUAUAAGAUUUAUUAUCUAGCAUGGACAAAAACACAACUGUAAACUCACAGGUGUGACAACAAUAUUGAAAGACAGGAGUGAAUUAUCGAAAUAAUCAAUUUGUGGGGAUUAGAAUAGGACUCACUGCUACUCAGGUAGCUAAGAAUUCUAGCCCAGAUUUGUCAUAAAUCUGGCCUUGGCAUACAGCAUGUGGGCCAAAAUGGCCCUGGUUUGGCAGAAGUGGCAAAAAUUUGGCCCAGAUGUAGGGUCUGUCUGAGGACUGCAAGACAGGGGCGUACCAUUAAGGGGUGUAACUUGUAGUAGAGACAGACAAACUUGGCUCACUCGCCUGCAUGAAGUACACUUAGAAUUGUACAAUGUUUUCCCAGAAAGGUGGAGUUUUUAUAAUAAAGUGUCAGGUGCAUAUGGAGAGGAAAAAAAGAGAGUCUCAUGCAGGUGGUUUGUCAAACCCUAUCAUGUAGAAUACACUUAAAAUUGCACAAGCUUUAAUAAGUGCAAGAAUUAGGCUUUUAUAUUUAUGUUUACUCAUAUUUUUUAAGUUCUGGUCUUAGCAAUAAAGUAUAUCCUUUACAUAUAAACUUUACUGCUUUAAGUAAGAAAAAUAAAGCUCCUUUUUUAACAUUUAAGUUUAACCAGAUAUCUUUUUCUUUCUUUCUUUGCCACAACUAUUUUAGAACAACUAUAUUUGUGUCUUCCAGUUAUUUUUCCAUGGUGAAGGAAAUAAGAGAACCCCUUCACAUCCUUAACAGUGCUGCUUGAGAUACAAUAGUGAAUUUAUUUAGCUAAGACUACACUGAUUAUCUAUUAACAGUCGUGCAUCUUACGUGAAACAAACACAUUGAAUAUAGCAUUGCAUAUUUGAGAAGCAGCACGGUCGCUCAUAUUUUCAUUUUAAAACUACAGAACUGUAAAUAAAAAAGAAAUGACUACUUAAGGGAACACAAAUUGAAGCAAUGCACAUUGUGAAACUAAAAUGAGUAAAAGAGAGACAUUGCCAGCUUUAACGGUGGAAAUGUGCGAUCAGAUUCACAGACAGAGGGCAGUUUAGUCUUUCAGGAGGAUCUUCAGCCAUAUUGAGAGUCUGCUUUUCUGUUUCUGAUCCAUGGUUUUAGUUUGUCAUCCGAUGAUGACAAUGAAAAAGCCAGUUGAUUCAUGGAGCAGCCCUCUUCAUCUGGGGGUGGUCGCUCAAUGACAGCAAGAGAUGAACUCAAAUCAAAAGCAUUAAUUAAAAGCCCCGGCGUCUGCUGCUGCUGCUCCCGCUGCUUCCCAUUGUGAAAACUGACACUGAUGCUGAUCUAGAAUCAGUUAUUGGAAGUGUUCGAGGAAAGCAGAUCAUAAUAAUGAGAAACUUUCAUUGUUGGCAGCCUCUGGUGCAUGACAGAAAUAGCUUUCCAACUGAGUUGGGCCUGAUUAUGCAACAAUCUGAAAAAUGUGCUGAUUUAAAACUCAAACUUUGAGUGUUACAUUUUGUUAAUUAAUAAAGGCUUUAUUUAAAUGAUCACAAUUUAUUUUAAGGUAUAAUGUUUGGUAUUAUUAAUCCAUUAAAUUACUAAAUAAACGCC